CGGAAAAAAUGAACCAGAGCCCCAGUAAAAAAAACAUCACCAUGCUCAAGUACCAGAAGUGGCUCGCUGCAUUUGUCGUGCUGCUAGCGCUGUGGCUGCUGCUGCUACGGUACGCAGCCGACCACGCCCAGGACACACGCGUGCUACAGGUGGUCACGGCGCUGCCCAUGUAUGCGUUGGUGACUUUCGGAGCGUACUCGCUGGGGGUUAUUGCGCUGUCUGUCAUGGCUGUGCAAGACUGCCCCGAUGCGGCCAAGGAGUUGGACCGGCAAGUCGUGGAGGCGAAGGCUGAUUUGACCAAGAAGGGAUUCAAAUUCUAGGCUGCAGCACUCGAAGAGCAGAAAACUCAAGUUGACGACCUGGAGAGGAGAAACACGAAGAGGAAACUACAACGGCAAUUCAUGCGCGAUACAAUGCAAAUUGCAGUGAAUCGAGGACUGGCAUGAUCAGGAGAUUACAGGCAUCUUGGUGGUGUGGAAAAUUUGUAUCUAUACGGUCGUGCUCGCUUCCUGCAGCGCCAAGAAGAGUAGGAUCGCUGCACGACAAGCCCAUGCUGCUUCGUGUCAUGCGUUUGGUACUUCCUGCUAGAUUUAAUAAAUGUGAUGUGGUCACACUAAAU